CAUGGGUGGUGCACCUUCUAUCAACGCAUUCGCCGUCCCAUUUUUUCCCUUCUUCCCCAUCAUCAUCGUCGUCACCACCACACUCAUUCUAAUCGCAAGCGCCGAAGAUCAAGAUACAAAAGAAAAUACAAAUAUUCCCAGUCUUGAAGACCAUAAUGGCACCGCGGCCGAUAUGUCAUUACAAUCACCAUUAUCAUCAGCCGACCCUGAUCAAGUGGUGACAAAAUCAGUUACAUUCAGACCUAGCGCGGCCGCGAUUGUAGGUGUUUUAGCAACCACAUUUUCCCUCACGUUUCUACUCCUUCUCUACAUCAAACACUGCAAUGGCCUUGCUAGCAACGCAAAUCUAGAGGGAGAUAUGGAUUUGCAAGAGAGGAAGAACUCUGGGAUUGGACGGACUGUUGUUGAUUUGUUGCCGGCAUUCAAGUUUGGUUCGUUGAGAGGACAAAAACAUGGACUCGAAUGUGCGGUUUGUCUCACAGGGUUUGAGGAUCAUGAGAUACUGAGAUUAUUGCCCAAAUGCAAACAUGCUUUCCAUAUGGAAUGCGUGGACACAUGGCUUGACGAACACUCCACGUGCCCGCUCUGUCGCUAUAAAGUCAACCCUAACGACAUACUUGUUUCUCAUGAACUGUUGUCGUCAGACGUCGGAAGCGGGAGAGUUACGAGUAAUAUCAUCAACAACAAUGAGUGGUCGCAACGUGAAAAUGAAAGUAUAGGUUCACGACGAGUUUCUUUUGUGACAGAGAGGAAGAGUGAAGGGUCUUUGCGUCAUCAUCAUUCGAGAAAGGUAAAGAGUGAAAGUGUUAUAGGAGAACAUAGGUUAGAUCACCAGAUAGUUAUUUCUCCUACUUGUUCUUACACUUCAGAUAGUGGUGUUCACCAACGGUGGAGCAAUUUUGAAACAGAUGAUAUGCUUUACUUAACUUCUGAUAGGAUUAUUAGUUGCAGUUCGUCAUCCCAUGAAGGAAGCAGAAGAGCGGUGAAGCGUAAUCGUAAUCGCGGUGUUGUUGAUGAUGAGAUGGAGAAUGGUUUUGGUGGUAGUGGUGUUGGUGGGAGGAGGAAUGAGAGGGAUUUGAGGAGUACUGUCUCGGAGAUGACAGGGAUGAUGAGGGUUUUGAAUAGGGAUAGAAGGAGGGAAAGAGAACGGCGUAGUGGUGGUGGUGGUGGUGGUCGGGAAGAACAAGAACAACAACAGGAGAGAGUGGCUUCGAGGUGGUGGUCUUGGAUUUCUAGGUCACAACAAUCAUAUAGAUCAAGAUCAAGUUCAAGUUCUGAAUGA